AUAUGGUGGCUUGAGGGACUCAUUUUGGACUGGGGUGGGGGGUUCCCAUUUCAGGAGUCGGAGUGGCCGGAGGGGCAGAAGGACUGGUGCAGCUCCUGCCAUGAGCACAGCGGAGACCUCCGGCUGAAGCGGAGCAAGCGACGGAGCUGCGCCCACUGUAGCAGCAAGGUGGGAGACCCCAAAGGCUCCAGGAACAAAGAGCCGGGCGAGUGUUUGGCGGAAGGCCGGGCCCAGCGGGAGCCCAGCCCUCAGCCGGAAGGGAAGGAGACCCCCGAAGGCCCCACGGAGAGGAGAGACGACGGGGAAGCCGUCCCUGGCGGCCGGAUCAGAGCCGCCCCCGGCCGGAAGGGCAGCGACUCUGCCGGAGGAGGAGGUGCUCGUCCGGAAGGGAAGCUGCUUCUGUCCAGAGAUCCACCUCCUGAGGGGCUUCCCCCGCCUGCUGGCAAAACCACCGCGGAGCCCUCUCCUCCCCCUGCCCCUCCCUGCCCUCCCAACGGGGCCGAUCCUGCCAGGAACCCCGCUGCGGCUCCCCUGCCGCCCUCGAAGGGGGCCCCCCUCCCCAAACCACAUCCCCUCAAAAGCAGCCUCUGCCCCGUGGAGAGGAAGAGAGAAGUGGAACUGGGCCCCAGGAGUGGGGGAGACGCCCCUCCUGCCCUCAACCGCAACAGUUCGGGGAGCAAAGCCAGGCCGGAUCCUAAUUCCCCUCCAUCCUUACUUGGGACCUUUCUGGCUUCUCGGCCGAGUCUCCAGGAGCCGGGCGGCCAGUCCCCCUCGGAGACUACAAAACCCAAAGACAGGGAGAUGUCGCCCGCGCCCUCCAAAGGCCUCCCUCCUAAGACUUCGGGGGCAAGUCUGCAGGCCGGCCAUCCAACAGGAAAAGGAGCCAAGCGAGGGGACGCCUGUUCACCCACGGAAGAAGAGGAGUCGGCCCCCGUCAUAGCCGGGGCGGAUCGCAGUGGCCCCGUGGCGGGAGAAGACCUGCAGCCCAGGACCAUCGAAGCCACGGUCUGCGCCAAGAACAUCAAGCUCAGCUCUACGGGGGAGAAGGUUGUCUUAUGGACCAGGGAGGCUGACCGCGUAAUCCUGACUUCCUGCCAGGAGCGAGGGGCCGAUCCGCAGACCUUCAGCGCUGUCUCCAAACAGCUGGGCAACAAGACCCCAGAGGAGGUGGCUCACCGUUUCCGCGAGCUGAUGACCCUCUUCCACACGGCCUGCGACGUCAGUUCGGAUGACGACGAAGACGGGAUGAGCUCCAGCCACGCCGACCAGCUUUCGGACAAAGACCCCAUCCUCUCGGAGGACGAGCGGGAAGAAACGGGGUUUUAAAAAGGCUGCCGGGAAAACUUUUGGGGGGGUUUGGGGGGUAUGUUUGACCCCCCCCCCCUCCCUGAGACUCCCCCCCUGGCAGGACACCGGAGAUUGGGUGGUUUUCUAAUUCCCCUGCACUAGGUGGGCGGCUUGGAGCCUGCCGUCUCUCUUGGAUCUGUAAAUAUAUCUUUUUUUUUUUUUGGAACUAAGAAAUGUAUAAAUUAAUGGCUGGGUGGGGAGCCGAAUAUUUAUUGAGUGAUGGUAUCUUAAAAAGAAUUAAAGCAGGACGUUGAAAU